CAGCGAAAUAAGGUCACAUAAUAUAUAAACAAGUGCAACUCACUCAUCCGUCAUCCUCUUUCGUGAGAGGUUAUUCUUCCAUCCAACAAGUAAAAAGAUGAAUUUUUUCAGUGAUUUUUUUGAAAAGUUUCGAAAGAAUUCCGAGCAUCUUCAUGACAAGGAUUUACCGCAAGACAUUGUGGAUGAUCUAUAUAAUGAGUUACCAUAUAAAUGGGGUGCAAAUUAUGACAAACGUUGCCCUAGUCAUGAUGGUUCCCUCUUUGACAGUCCACAAGACUUUAUGUCAGAGUUUGAGGAAAUGUUCAAUAAUUUUUUCAAAGGAUUUCCAAUGAUGUCUUUUCCGCAACACCAUGAUCAUGAAAUGCAGAACAUUCCACAUCAGGAAGUUCAUGGCAAUGAGUCUACAUUGCAAGAAAGAAUGUUGAAUGAUAAGAAGCAAGAUAAAUCAAAUGAUGUUGCACCUCAGCUUACCUUCAAAGAUCGUGGUUUUCAUAGACCUUACAGAAGGCUCAUUGAGCCUGGCUCGACUAAGGAAGAUCGAGAUCUCGACGAAGAAGUCAAAACUGGAGAUAAAACUCUUGACGAAAUUCUACCUCCUAGUGAUAUUGUUCACAACCACUCCUUUAUUCCAAGUUUUCCCUUUGGCUCGUUUUCUUCUUCUGUGGUCGUACAUAACAGUAAUGGGGUUGUGAAAAGUGAGAAAACUGUCAGGGAUUCGAGGGGAAACGAGCAGGUUACAAUAACGAGACGAAGUGAUGGCAAAGAACACACGAUAACUCGUGUAACAGACGAGCAAGGAAACAUUUCAACUCAAGAAAAUGUCAUCGAUCUCAGUUCGGCAGGUUCAGGAAAGCUGGGCAAGUUAAAACAGGAUUGCUCAGAACCAAGCACUAGCUCUGGGCAACUAUCGUGGUACCGACGGUUGCAAAGUUUUUUCAUUAACGAUGAACAGAGUGGAGAGAACAACAAACCGGGGGAACAAUGAAGGCAACAUUCGCCAAACUUGACAUUGUAUAUUAAAGAAUUUAUAGUCGACAAAAAAGCCAUCAUAACACUUCAGACCUAAGUCUGUUUCAAUUAUUUACACUAUUACAGUCAAUAGGUGAAAGGAAAUAUUUCCAGCAAUGAUAUAACUAGAGUCAACAAA